AUGGUUUUGAAAAUAUCCUCACAAUAUCCAUUAAAUCAUGUGAAAACUCUCAUGGUCAAUGCUCAAGAAUCGACUCGAUAUUCUUUUACAACCAGUGAUGAUGAGUCACAUGUGAACCAUCCCAUCGUCUCUACUUCAUCCAUGAAUGACAAGUUGAAAUCAUCAUCCUCUCAAAUUCCAUCCUCUCCAUCAAUUCCAUCGUCCUCACAAAUUCAAUUCUCUCCAAAUGCAACACUCCUUCCACAACCAUCCUCCAAUCCUUUUAAUUUCCAUUCCACUUUGAAUACUAAUAAUUCUACCACCAAUACCGCUACCAAUUCGACCACCAAUACCACUAAUACGACCACCACUACCACUAAUACCACUACUACUACUAAUUCUACCACCAAUUCUACCACUAAUACCACCACCCCCACCCCCACUCAUACUAUUAUGAAUCCCACCACUCGCACCAUUCACACUCUAUCCAUUCCAAACAUGACCAGCAGUAGUGGAUAUAUUUAUUCAAUGUGUAAAUCUCAUCAAGGUGACAUGCUCUGUUGUGUGAAUACUUGUGGUUCUAUUCAUAUUUAUUCUCUCUUGACACUUGAAUUAAUUUUUGAAUUUUCAUUUCGAUCCAUUUUUGAUCAAAAUCAUAUUUAUAGAAAUCAAAGAAUUAUUGAAGAAUAUUAUGUUUGUAAAUUUUCACCAGAUGAUUAUUCCAUCUGUGUAGGAGGUAAAAGAAAGAAUCGAUAUGAAUGGGAUGUUUUGGAUGAUGAUAACAAGAUAUUGGAAUGUCCUCUCACAUGUAUUAAUUUAGUCACCAAUCAAGUGAAUUACUUGUAUGGACAUACAGAAGAAAUACUAUGUUUGGAAAGUAUUCAAGUGAGUCAUGAUUUAUUUUAUUAUGUAACUGGAUCGUAUGAUGGAACGAUCAUUAAAUGGUUAAUGAAUUCCAAAGAUCAUUACAUGACAUGUUUGGAUAAACAAAUCAUUACUCAUCGAUGUACCAAUGUCGUAUUAGAUAUCAAAUUUAUAGGUUAUGAUCAAGAAAGAAAUGAAUGGAUCAAAUAUUCGAAACGAAAUUUUGCAAUGCAGAAUUCUGAACGUUGUGGAAUGAAUUUUGAACGUUGUGGAAUGAAUUCUGAACGUUGUGGAAUGAAUUUUGAACGUUGUGGAAUGAGUCGAACUGAUGUCAUUCCAUCCUGGAUCUACAUGAUUGGUGCGUGUGAUCAUCGAAUCAAAAUUUAUAAUUUUAAUUCCAAUCAAUUAUUGAAGAGUUUUGAUUUACCAGAAUAUGACUUGUAUUGUGGAAGUUUACAAGUAUUAUUCGAAUUCUGUUGGAGUGGAGACUCCGCUUUUGAAACGAAUGCAUUACGUACUACUACCAUUCCUGCUACUGCUGAUUCUAGAAUGAAUGAUGUUCAUGAUGAUGUAACAGCAACAGCAACAACAACAGCAACUAUUGCGAAUACUAUUGCGAAUACUAUUGCGAGUACUACUGCGAAUACUUCUACUACGACGACUAGUACUACAAUGAAUGAUGGUGACAUGCUGACUUGUCAUGGGCGUACAAUGACUCCUACCAACAACAACCACAUACUCACCAUUCAUCUCAUUACCAAAGGAGUCAAUCAACAACAACACACCCCUAACAACCCUUCUACUGAAUCGCUCGCUUCACACAUUCAUUUAAGAAAACUUUCUUUAAAUUUACAAAAUAUUUCAAAAUCUACCUUAGAAACCAUUCAUACAUUUACACAUUCUCAAUAUCAAUGUAAUUCAUGGAUGGUAAAAUGUAAAUAUUAUUUAGGUUAUUUAUUUGCUCCCUCCAAUCAUGGAAAGUUAUUUAUUUGGAAUGUACAGAAUCGAAAAUUAUGUGCAAUUUUAAAUGAUCAUUCUGGAUGUGUUAGAAAUGUUGAAUUUGAGACUCAUACUCCUCUUCCAUCAUCCUCUUCUUUGUGGAAUCCAACACCAAUCACCUCUUUUCGAUUAUUUACAUGUGGAGAUGAUAGUAUGGUUCAUGUCUAUGAAGGUGGAAGAAUGGAAAAUUCAAUGACCACACCAAUGACCACAACCACACCAAUGGCAACCACACCAAUGACCACAACCACACCAAUGACCACACCAAUGACCACAACAACACCUACUCGUAUGGAACGACGACAUUCAACAUUCAUGACGAGUCAACAAGGACAUUCCACUCCUCCAGUAGUAGUGGUCACACCACAUGAUCAGGCAGAGCAUCAUGAGCAUCAUCGAAGGAGAAUGAUUCGACGCAAUGUGCGGAAUCAACAACAACAGCACAACACUCAUUCACCAUUGUCAUCACGGAAUCAUGAUAAAGACACAACGUGUCAUGAUGGAGACCUUAACCAUUCCUUUAAAGCAACAACAACAACAACAAGUAUGACCAUCAUGAAUACGAGUAGUGGUGGUGGUGGUGAAAAUGGUGGUGAAAAUGGUGGUGAAAAUGGUGGUGGUGUUGGAGGUAGUAGUAGUAGUAGUAACACUAACAGUAACACGUGGGAUGGUUCCAAUGAUCAAAAUAACCACACAGUUCAUAGUCAUCCCUCUCAUCCUCACAGAAGAAAAUUCAGAAAGAAUAGGACGAGUUCAAGUAGCAGCACUACUUCAAGUACUCCCGAACAUACCGUGACGACGACGACGACAACAACAACACCCUCAAUACCCUUGUCCAAACUUCAACAAGAACAAUUCUCUCAACAGAGUCAUCAUUAUUAUAAUAACAACCAUAACAACCCUAACAACAAUCUUGAUAUGAACAUUCCUAGCAUGAUCACCAAAGAAGAUAGAAUGUUAUUGGACGAAGAGUUUCAUGUUGUGUCCAAAGAUGAUCAUGUCCAUUUACCAUCAUCAUCAUCUCCCAAUACUCCAAACAUGACCUUAACAAGUGUGUUAUCACCACCACCAUUUUCACCACCACCAACACCAACGGUGAAUGAGCAUGAACAUUCAAUCCAACAUGUUGCUCCCUAUGACUCUACCAUGAGAAUGGAUGAGGUUUUUACAGACCUGGAUGACUCUUCUCCCUAUUUUCCAAGUGUGACUCAUUUACUAGAGGAUGAAGAGUGA